AGUGCAGCCGCACGGCCGCACGCCGCAUACUCACACACCACCACCACCACUAUGGUGGGCUUUACGCUCUACGUUUGGACGGCGUUUUGACUUUACACGUUGUGAAGGGUGAAGGUGCAACUGCAUUCUAGCCCACCAUACCAACCAUACCACCACACGUGGUGCCGCGCGCGUGCGCGACAGUGAAAGCACUGGACACUAGAGGCGGGCUGCUUGCCGAGACAAGACAAGAUACAUAACAGGAGUGUAGUAGGCAGGCGGGCAGGCUACCGACAAGACCGACAACCCUUGCCUUGCCCCGCUUCCGCGGUGUGCGCGGUUCAUUCAGUUCAGCCACUGUUUCAACUGUUCAGCAACGUUUAGAUGCCCACCAACGUUGAACUAAAGGCUAGGAUCGCGGACGCGGACUGCCUUCUUGCGAAGGCCAAAGCUUUGGCAGAAUCUCACGUGGUAUUCCGUCAGACUGAUAGCUACUUUCGUGUCCCAUUCGGACGUCUUAAGCUGAGAGAAUCCACAGCAGAUCAUAGCGGAACACCGUGUCUAAGUGGGGAACUCAUCUUCUACGACCGAGCAGAUGUUGAUGGUCCCAAGCUGUGCAAGUAUGAAAAGCAGACAUUUCAGGACCACAGUGAAGCUGUGGGGAUCAAAAAAGUAUUGGCAACAUCCUUGGGAAUCAAGGCUGUGGUGACAAAGACACGACAUCUGCUCAUAGUGGGACAAACCAGGGUUCAUGUAGACACAGUGCAGAACUUGGGAAACUUCAUGGAGCUUGAGGGUUUUCAGGAUUUCAGGUUACGUUGAAGGAAAACCAGACAACAGAAGAAGGGCAGCAGAUUGCCAAUGACCUACGUUCGAAGCUGGGGGUUGACACAAAAGACUUCAUAGAGUGCUCCUAUGUAGACCUCCUUUUACAACACAUGUCAAAUGAGAUGCCGAGUGCAACAAAAUAACUGAGACCUAAUAAAAUUCUCUUGUUUUGCA